UAUGUAUCUGUGCUCUCUUUCUGCAGAUACCUAUUGUGAGAGUUGCUUGACUACAGCCCAAGAAGUUGAGAGCAGAAGAAAGAGAUAGCAGAGUACAGACGGGAUGUUAUUGAGAAGCUAGUCGGUUGGUGCUGUGUGUGGAACCGCUCCGUUCCACAAAAAUUGUCAACUUUCCAAAGAAAAUAUGAAAACGUCCUGCAAGCACCUAUUAGCAGAUUUGAGAGGCUGGAGCUCAAACAUGGACAUGGAGAGUUACGAGGACUUCUGCCUGCGGAGCCUGACCAGACUGCAGACUGAGAGCCAGGGAAAGAGCCAAGGCCAACAGACAGGCUGUGAGCCAACUGGUCCUGUGGAAGCUCUCUCCUUCAUCCACUUCCAUGGAAGGGCUGUGCUCUCACCCUUGCUGAGUGUGGAGCAGCGCAGCGAGAUGUGCCAGUACAGACAGAGGGCUGCCCAGCUUGAGGUGGACAGACAGGCACUACGCAGCAGCAGCCUGCUGACCAGGGUUCAGGACAUCCUCGACAAUGCUCAGGUGGACAGUAAAAUGGAUCUACCAACUCCGCCAUAUUGCCUUUCCCCAAAACCUGAGACAGUGAAUGGCUACACCCUGGUCACAGACUCUCCUGGGCUACCCAGGGGCGCUGGUGUGGUUGGGCUACACAUUACGGAUCGGCCCACCACUCCUCAACCUGAGUCCCCCAUAGUCCUGAAUGGGUACAGGGCAGAGGAGAGAGAGAAGCAGGUAGAGGAGGAGAGGUGGGAGGUAGAGGAGGAGAUGAGGAGGGGAGAGGAGGAGAUAGGGGGCGGUCAGGAUAUGAGUUUCCAGAGCCUUCUGAGGAGGUCGAGGGAGUAUGUGGAGAGAGAGCAGGCCCAGAGGGGGUCAAAAGUCAUCGGCCGGGUCACUUCAACCACCCCACCUGUGGAGAGCCUCUCUGACAAGGAGAACGAGAGCCGCAGUCCUCUGGGAGAGAUGAAACCUGAACAGGGGUACAGCCUGCGCCACAGUCCCCUAAACCCACCUCAGAUCCAGGCCCACAUCCAGCACCAGAGUCAGUAUCCUGCCCAAGCUCAAGCCCAGUACCAGGCUGUGUGUGACCCAUAUGGCUCUCGGUUUAGCUGCCUCUCGUCUGGCCUCCCCGACCCUUACGCCCUCCUGCCCAGCCCUGAACCCAGCAUGAGCCCCCGCCCCCACCGCCGCCGACCACGUCCAGUGUCCACUGGUAACAUCAUGAUCUCCUUCCCCAUUGGUUCGGCCGACCUCAUCCCCAGAGGGCUAGUGGGGAGGCACCAGGAGAGCGCUGUUGUCAUGGCGACAGGGGUGAUGAGGUCACCGGAACGGGGGUCAGGCGUCAGUGACGGUAGCAGUAGUCGUCGUGGCAGCCAGUGUGGCACCAGCCCGGUCCAGGAGAAGAGCUGCAGCCCAGUCAGUACCUCCGGAACUGGUUCACAUGGGCAUCAUGAUGUCAUCAGCUCCGGGUUUCGCCGGCGCUGCCACACCCUAGACAGCCAGCUCCACUCCUCCCAUUCUGCCUCAGGACCUGGCAUGGACCGCAGCCAGGAGAGGCUCCCGCGCUUCAUGGGGGGUGUGCCUCGUUUGGCCCUGAGCCGUAGGAGCCCCGCGGUCCCCCUGAAUCAGUCCUAUGAGGUGGAGAACCCCUCGGCCACGCUGCUAAGGCCCCACGUGAGACCCUUGACCCCUGACCUCUCUCCUUGCCAGAUGAGUCUGGAGCCUGAGGGGCCUCAGGGGCCCCAUGAUGGACGGAUCACACCCAGCUCUUCCUUAGAGGAGCAGGACAGUAAGACAGGUGAAACGUCCAGUCAGGUUACCAUUUCUCGCAGCUUCUUCUCUGUGCGGACCUCUCUGUCCAGCUGCAGCAGAGCCAGCCUCUCCUCCAGGGGCAUCUCAAAGAAGAUGUCAUGGACGUCAUAUCGAGCCGCACGCAACUGA